CGUUGGUCAGGUGACCUUUGGUGGGUUUUCCAGCCAUGGAGAGCCAGGUUUCGGAUGCUGCGGAGUUGAAGAAGUUCCUGGACCAGCUCCAGCAGACGCUUCAGCAGGGGCAGGCACUUCACGCACGGCUUUCGCAGACCCUGGCAAGGCUGGAAGCUCCGCCGGAGAAGGUUUCAAAGGCCGAGAAGGUGGAAGCGAAGCCCGUGACUAAGGCGCCACCGGAGGGUUUGUCGCCCAAGUCCUUGAGGGGCAGCCCGGCGUCGUCGCCUUCACCCCCUUCCUCCGAGAUCUCGAACGCCAAGAAGGCGCCACCCCCGGGGCUGCCGGCCAAGAACAAAGCCCCGCCGCCCCACCUGGCCAAGCCAAAUGCCAAGGCACCCCCCGUCCUCAAGACGCCUUCGCCCAGUUCUCCGCCGGCGGCCGCGCCGGCGCCAGCCGCGCCCGCGCAAGCCGCGUCCGCCGCGUCCGCCUCCGAGCCGGCGGCAGAAGCCCCGGCGGCUCCGGCGGCAGUGAAGGCAGCACCCCCCGAUCUCAAGGGGAAGGCAGCACCUCCCAGCCUCAAAGCGUCGCCUCCUGCACUGCGGAAGGCAAAUGACUGAGAUAUCUGGCGGAUGCGCUGGAUAUCGGUUUUGUGCAGUUUGAUUUGCGCUGUGAUGGCCAAAGAGCAAGGCGGCUCCCCUCAUGUGUCA